UCUAAAUCUAAAUGGCUGAAGUGUAUGCUCAUGAAUUGUCAAUAAGCAUAAUUGCUCAAAUAUGUCAAUAUACUGGAUGGACCUCUGCAUCUAAAAGUUCUUUAGAAAUUUUGGAAGAUAUAUUGGAAAAAUUUUAUCAUGAAAUGGGCAAAAUUAUUAGGUGUCAUAUGGAACAUGCGGAAAGAAGCAAGCCCACACUUGGUGAUAUAGUUUUAUCAUUUGAUGCUUUAGGGAUAUCUAUUAAGGAAAUAAAUGAAUACAUGAAUGAAAUACCAAUAAUGCCUUUUGUGCAACAUGUUACAUCAUUUCCCAUAAAAAAACCAAAUAAAUUAGACUUUUUAAAGUUUAAUGAUCUUCCAUCAUAUAUAAAUGAAUAUCUACCUCCACUGCCAGUCAAUCAAGAAUAUCCAAAUCCAAUUACAGAGGCUAAUGAUAAUUUAUUUUUAAAUAGCCCUAUAUCCCAAGAAGAUAUAACUGAAAUUACUAAUAUAGAUGAUGAUAAAAAAAAUUCUACCAUGAUACUAAAUAAUCAAAUUAUAUUAACAGAUUUCAAUACUAAAAAUCAAAAUAAAUCAGAAUAUGUAAGUAUAAAAACAGGCACCUUAUCUAAAUGUAAAUUGCCUCCAAAACCACCUUCUGAUAUAGAUGGUAAUUCUUCGGAUUAUUCUUCUCUAGAUGAAAAUGAUGGCAAUAAUCAUGAAGAUGUUACUUAUACUAACUUAAAUAUAAAAAUCAAGGCUGAAAUACAACCAAAAGAAAAUUAUUUGACCACUUCAUCUCUAAAUCUAAAUGAAACUCAGAUUUUGACACCUAUUAAAAGAAAAGUUGGGAGGCCAAGAAAAUAUAAUAUUGAAGAAUCACUAGCUAUUGAUUUCUCAAUAAGUGAAACUUCAAAGAACUUAAAAUUGAUUAAAAAUGAAAUUGAAUUUGGCCAAGAAUUAAAUAAAACUGAUAGUAAUUCAGCUCUAGAAAAAGAUAACCAUUUAGAUUCUGACCACUCAAAUAGUCUCACAUAUAAAACUACUUCAAUGGACAAAUACAAAUCUAAAAAGUAUAUUUCAAAAAAUUAUCACGAUAUUUACUCAAGAAAUAAAGUCAAAGGAAAACAUUAUAAAAAAUAUUUGAAGAAUACUACAUCCCAUCAUUACGCUUUUCGUCAUUUUAAAAAGAAACGUGGUCGUAAACCAAUCAUCAAAGUAUUUGACGAUGAAGAUACUAAGGAUACCGAGGUGAUAUUAACUCGUCAAAAAUCUGUCUCCGUUUCGCCGGUUAAAAGCGUAGGCAAGGAAACAAUUCGCAAAACUGAAAAAGACAUAGCAGAAAAUGACGAUGAUGAAAUGAGUGAUCCUGAAUUUCUUUUGUCACCUUCUCAAAAAUAUCACUUCCACAAACAAAAUCUUUUGCCCAAAAAAUCUUUAAGCAAAUCACUCUUUCCAAACUCACAAAUAUCAUCACCAGCUAAAAGAAUGAAGCACGAGACUCCUUUAUUGUAUGCUAGCUGCACCAUAAUAGAUGCCCUUAAAAGUCAGAAAUACGAGGAGAAUAAUACUAUAAAUUUCCUCGAGAAUGCUGCUAAACUGGAUAUAACAAAUUUACCGGGUGAGAAAAUUUAUAAAGAGGUUGGAAUCAACAAAGAUGACACGGAUCAUGUCGAUAAAAGUUCCUCUAUAAUCAUAGAAUCUGCUAUUGGUGAUGAUUUUUUGAAUGUAAAGACCGAAAAUAACGCUGUAAGGUCAGAUCUAAAAAAAUCACAAGAUUCUCAGAUUGGGCAACAACUUGACAUUGCAGACCUACCCUUAAUUUCAAAUAUGUCACCUAAGCCCCAAUUAGUGUUACCUAAAAUUCAUGAACCGAUUAACUCCCCUCAAAAUUUAUCGGUCUCGAACGAUUUGCUCUCUUCACAAGACUUCUAUUCCAUAUCAAAUAUUCCGAAUACAUUUUUAGGGAUUGAUUCACCAUCCAUAUUAUCGCCAUCCACUAAAAAGGCGAAGAAAAAAAAGAAAAAGAAAGACAAGGAUAAGAAGGAUCGACGGUCACCUAGAAAGGGUGAACAUAAAAAAAGUGAAUCCGAUUACAAAUAUACCUCACGUUCAUCCCUUUCAGAUUUAGCUUCCGAAAAUCCCAAUAUGAAUCUCGAUUCUGUUACACUCGUUGAAAAUUUUGCCAAAGAACGUCAAAUAUUGCCGGCAAGAUUGGGUAUUUUUGCACCUCAGUUUACUACCACCACUAUUACGAACGAGGUAUUUGCUCAAAUCCUUACAACUGUACAACCAAUGCAACGCUCAGAUAAAGCCUUCCAAAUAACCGAUUUCAAAAUACUUCCUCCCUCUCAAGAUAGUUUAUCAGGGGAAGACGAACAAGAAAAUUUUGAUAAUGAAGGAGUGAAUGAAGAAAGUUUCGAAAAUUCUGACGCUCAGGAUAAUAAUAAUGAGGAUAUCAAAGAGGAAAUACAACCCCUAUCAGAUAGGCCUCGGUCUCCUAUUGUGCCAAUAAAAAUUAAGAUAUCUAAAGAAAACAUGAAGGCGGUAGUGAUAUUGCCAGAGAAACCUCCUCGAACUGCCAUCGAAAAAUCAACUAAUACAAGCACACCCAAAAAUAUUGUUUCAAAGACCGAAAAAUUAAUCAAUUUAGAAAAAAAAUCAGAUGGUUCAGGAAAAAUUUUCAAAAUAGAAAAAAAUUUUUUAUCAUCAAAUAUCGUAAAAAAUGUUACACCUUUGCAUCCUAUGAUCUCCGGCAAAAAAUCCGAACGCGAGCCUAUAUACACGCCUUCCAACAGUGAAGCUGACAGUGAUGGGGAUACUGACAUUCAUCUUACUGAUGCGAACAAAGUUAAGGAUUUUCCUACUAUCGGCACUGUAGAUCAAGCUAGUUCCUAUCCUUAUUACUAUGACAUGCCUGGAGGAGAUCAAGUGGAUAAACCCCGAGCUCCAGACUUGGAAUCAACUAUAACCGGUUAUGGACUAAGUAAUUUCAUUGAAAACUCCAGAUUCAUCAAUCAUAACAGCCAGACACGUAAUUCUUUGGAAGGCAGCGAUUCUUUGGACGAUUUGGAUUUACUCAAUAGAAGGAAACAUAUUAAAACUUAUGCCACGCCGAACUUAGCCAUCAUCAAUGUAUCUACAACCAAAUCUUCGCCAAUAGACGUAGAACAAACGACUAAAAAACCAUCCCAUAUUAAAAAGGGCAAAAAGAUUAAAAAAAGCACUCCCCACAAUAUUAACAAAAUUACCUUAAACUCCGAAACGUACUCUUCUUCCUCCAAACGUAAAAGAUCGGUGUCUUCUAUCGAUGAUAAUGAAUUUGAAGAUACGCCUAGUAUCCAGGAUGUCAACGAGCUUAAAAUUCUCGGGAAAAUAUCAAGUCCUCAUCUUUCUAAUCCACUUCCUUCUUCAUCUUCCAAACCAUUUCAAGCAUCCACUAACAUCAAUGUAACUUCUCCUCUCCUACCCAUACCUAACAUUAUUCUUUCAAACGUGAAGAAUAAUUUAACGAGCAAUAUGCUAGCUGGGGCCGAUUUUAAUCUCAUAGCUAACACUAAUAUCAACAAAAUCCCACCACUAUCCAAUUCCUCAGUUGAAAGGACAGUUAUAACAGAAACCUUGGGGUCUGUGGUUAUAAAUGAAAAAGGUGAAAAAAUAUGGAUAUGCCCAGCGUGUACUCAUCCAGACGAUGGCAGCCCUAUGAUAGGGUGCGAUAGUUGCGAUGAUUGGUAUCAUUGGGUUUGUGUCAAUAUAACGGAAGCGCCCGCUGAAAAUGAAAACUGGUAUUGUUCAAGGUGCUUAGCCAAAAGUAUAAUAUCUUCCUACUCGUCUUCCAAAAAGAAAAGACGAAGAAAAAGAUGAGAAAAAUAGUUCGUCGAAAAAAAUGAUAAAAAUUUUGGUAAUAAUAUAUAUAUAUAAAACAGACUCAAAAAUAAUAUUUAUAACGUUAAAUUAUAUGUCUUGUUAUAUUCAAUGACAAAUAAUUAGUGACAUUAUUAUGCAAAUUUAUUUUUAUUCAUAUUAUCUAAAAUGCGAGU